AUAUGGCUGCGUCCAUGAAACCGGCGAUGGCGCCAAUAACGAUUGUCUUUGCUGUUGUAAUUUCAGCAAUUUGUAAUGUUCAGGGUGCAAAGCUGAAUGCCCCUAAAGUUCUGCUCCCUUAUUAUAGCUCUGUUAUUGCAAACUUCACUUUGCAAGUGGAAUAUUCUCCUGAGGAGGCUCAAAUUGCGAAUUGUUACCGAUGGCGUUCAACAAGACCAGAGGUGGCACAGGUCCAGCUGAUCAAUUCUACAGAUGGUACAUGUGCUCGGACAGCAGUUGUAUCUGCGAUAUCGAAAACGUCACAUCAGAUGACCACUGUUGUUUUAGCAGAAAAUAAAGUGACUGGUGAGAUUCUUCGGACGAAUGUGAUUGUUGGAGAAAUCUUCCGAGUUGAGAUCGAGACAACGACUCGUCUGCUUUAUCUGGAAGAUUCACCAGAAGAACUUAUCGCACGCGGUUAUGACAGUGAAGGAAAUAUCUUCUCCAACUUGGAGGGUCUGUCGUUUGAGUGGAAUCUCAUCUCCGACAACGAGACUGGUCAUGAUGUUGUUGAUGCUCACAACAUUCUCAGGAUCAAGCGGUUCACAGAUUCCCACUACACCACGCCCAAACAUAUUGCUCCUCUAGAAGACAAAGGCCUCCAAGGGGACAUGAUUUUAGUGGAAGGAAUUCGCACUGGCAGUGCUAAAGUCUCUGCAAGACUGAGAGACCCUGUAUAUAAGAAUGUGCGUCCCAAUGAUGUGCGCAUUAUGGUGAUUGCCAAUUUGCUGCUGUCUCCUCCCGACGCCUACGUCCUGAGAUUUGGUAGAGUCAAGUACAGGGUGGAACUUCUCAGACAUAAUUCCUUGAAAGAGAUCAAGAUGCCUUCCAAACAGUAUUACCUGGAGAUCAAGGAUGACGAAAUCUGCAAACUGGAUGUGCCUACGUCUAUGGCGACUGCCCUUGUCAUGGGCUCCACAGAGAUUGUGCUUAAAGACAGGAAUGUAAUUGUGACUGAAUUUUUUAGACAGCCAUCAGCCAUGAUCCACGUUGUUGCCCCAGGCUUUUUGGCAUUUGUGGUCCUCCCACACAGGAAGUGGGUGCUGGAGACGGGCAGAGAGUACGAGAUCUAUAUAGAAAUCUACGACACGGACAGUCACAAGAUCUACCCCUCUGAUAAUGUUCGUGUUGAGUCCAUAUUUCCGAAGACCUACUUCGACGUGUUUUACUCAAGCAUCAAUGGCACGUAUCAUCGUGUGCGUACCUUGUUGAAAGGGGAGACUAUCAUCGACGGAGCUCUUGUCAGUGUUGUGGAUGAUGAUGGCGUGGAGCACAGCGUCAGGCCAGAGGUGAAGCGUAGCCAGGACGUGGAGAUUUACGACCCGGUCACCGUUACGCCGGCCAAAGCUUUCUUCCCGUGGGACCCCGUCUCCAGAUGUGUGCACAAGUAUGUCGCCAAAGCUGACGGAGGGAGUGGAGAGUAUGUGUGGAGCGUGACCGACACCAGCAUCGCCUCGGUGAACAUCAAAGGGCAGAUCACCACUGUGGGACCAGGAAGGUGCAACGUCACCGCUGCUGAUGCAAAGAAUUCUGCUCACUUCGGAGUCUCAACGGUGCAAGUUCUCCCGCCAGCAGACAUGAACUUCCCGCCCUCCAAAGUGGAAGCUGCCACGGGCACCGAACUCGUGUUGCCGCUUGCUGUGUUUGCCAAGAUCAACAAAAAUCUUCAUGCUUUUACGGACUGCAGACAACUUCCUCUGAACAUCACUUUCAGCGAUCCGUCAGUGUUUCAAGCAGUGCCCUCAGAUGGACAAACAGAGAUCGAGCUACCUGAGGUUGGGUGUACGGCAUUGACCUUCCUAGCUCUUCGGCAAGGUCACACCGAGGUGACUGCUACGUUCAGGAGCAAGAACGUCUUCCUGCAGGCCUCCGUCACGGUGGCAGCGUAUAAUCCCUUGAAGGCCAUAGAUCCAGAGGUGGAGGCGGUGGUCGCCCUGGGCUCUACCAAAGAGAUCGUCUUUCUGGGCGGGCCACAGCCCUGGGUUCUGGACUCCUCCAAGUUCUUUGAAAACUUGGUUCCUGAGAAACAAGAGCUCGUGAGGGUCGCACAGACUGCCCCGGUCUCCAUCAACAGAGGAGUUCACACUUUUGUGGUGUUUUGCCACGAUUUUGGAGAACAGGAAAUGGAAUUGUCAGUUGGGAAUGGAAAGACUGCCAAAAACCAGUUCCCAGUUACAGAAACAGCAAUGAUCAGAUUUGCUUGUGCCAGGCCUGUGGAGCUCCAUCUGCAGCCGGUGCUGAACCUUGACCCGAACCUGCCGCCUUGUCCUGUGGCUCACGAGAACAAUCUGCCAAUGCCUGUGCACUGUAAGAAGGACCUGGACCUGCUGGUGACCAUCACGGACUCAAGCGGUCGCAGAUUCGACAACUUCUCCAGCCUUGUCGUGGACUGGAGCAUUUCCUCCUCGAACCUGGCCGACCUCGUCUACGUCAAGGAUCUGAGGGUGGAUGUGGAUACAGAGGCGGAUGGCCGGAAAUUUUUGUCGUCUUUUCAGACUCUUCACCCGUACGGAAAGACAGGCAGUGUGCUGGUCUCGGCGUCAGUCCAACGCUACAAAGCAUCUGCCAUCAAAGCCUUCGGAAAGCCACAGGAGCGCAUCAGUCCUGUGAUCAAGAAGUCUCUGGAGCUGGUGCUGGUAGAAGAGGCGGUCCUGACCCCACCCUCGGUGUCUGUGUUCAACCACCCGUCCAAUAAGGUGACUAUUGGCAUCACUCAUGGUUCCGGCUACUUUCACAUCGAGGACCUCGACUCUCAGGUGUUGCAAGCAAAGUACAAUCAGAAGUCUAGAGGAGUCCAGGUGUCUCCAUUGAAGGAUGGAACUCAGACUUUCACCGUGUUUGACCUGUGUCUGGACGUCACCUCUCACCCCUUGGCCUCUGUGUCUGUGUCGGGGGUAGGCAGUGUGCAGGUCAAGGUCCUUGAAAAGGUAGAGGUGCUGAAAGAAGUGCGAGCCCACGUCCAGGUGUUGGAUCUGAGGGGUGAGCCGCUGCUGGCCAGUUUCUUCACCCUGAUGGGCCUACGGCUGGAGGCUGCUUCCGACAUUGUGGCACUCAGACCCGUGCACAGCGAGGCGGGGGACAGCGUCACCGGGGUGUACACGGUCUACGGCGCUGUGGUCGGACACACCACUCUGACCGCCAGCGUCACUCUGCCCACUGGCCAGGUCAUCUACAGCGCCCCGAAGCCGGUGGAGGUGUUCCCGCCCCUUCGCCUGGAGCCCAAGAACAUCACGCUCAUCAUCGGAGCCACCCUGCAGGUUCUGGCCUUUGGAGGUCCGCAGCCACAGAGCAACGUGGAGUUCUCUAUCGUGGACCGCCAGGUGUCCAGUGUGACCAGCGGCGGGAUGCUGGAGGCCCUAGAGCUGGGCACCACCACUGUGGUCGGGAAGGCCAUCGGCACCGACUCCAUCACCGGCGAGAUGGUCGUUUACUCUCAGGAUGAUGCUGUGGUGAAUGUGGUCAUGUUGAGAGGAAUCCGUAUCUACGCUCCGCUGACUCGUCUCCAGACUGGCACAAAGAUGCCAGUGUAUGCCAUAGGCCUCACUGAUCACGAGACACCGUUCACAUUUGGCAACGCCGUUCCCCCCCUGGUGUUUUCCUGGUCGGCAAACAGCAAAGAAGUUCUUCAGCUGCAGUCUGUGUACAGCAAGAGUAAAAUUACCCAGCCGCCAGAGAACAAUUUUGCCCAGCAAGUAUUUGCCAGGGAAACUGGCCAUGCCACCUUGAAAUUGGAAGUGCGCGCCAAACCAGACAGCCGUCUACAGCUACCGGCUGGGGAUGUGUUGUACGAUGAGGAACAAAUACAGGUGUUUGAAGAGCUGUCUUUGCUGAGCCCGGCUGUUUGUGACGGUCAGGUGCGGAUCACUCCCAACACGGAUACUUUCCUCAAGACCAACAGGGAUGUGGCCGCCCGAGUGCGUUAUUUCAUUCUCGGAGAGAGCUCUGACAGCGCGGUGCGACUACUGGACAACGGUCAGCUGCGGUCUGGCCCCAUCCCCGGGAGCGCCGUGCUGCACGUGGUGGCGGAGGAAGAGUUUGGCCUCAACCAGACGCUGGUCAUCCUGGUCAAGGUGAAGCCAGUGUCCUACCUCAUGAUCAACGCGGACACCACCAUCAACACGGCGCCAGACUCGCAGCUGUCGAGCGUGCCCAUCGGAGCCUCCUUGCAGUUCUCCGUCAGUUACCAUGACGACAUCGGGGAGGAGUUCUACGCCACGAACAUACAGCUGGGAAUUCGCUGCAGCAGGUAUGACUUACUCCAUGUCGCCAACGGUGUGGACAACAACACACUCAUUGUGAGAGCUGCCGAGGUGGGGAACACUGUGCUGAAGGUGUGGGACAAGGGCCAGCCGUCGCGUGCAGACUACAUCAACAUCCCCGUGGGCUACGCCAUCGAGCCCGCUCAGGUCGUCGUCACUCUGGGCUCCCUCGUCUGCUUUGAGUCGCCCAUCCUCUCGGACACGGGACUGGCGGGUAGCUGGUACACCAAGUCGAACGCCCUGCAGAUAGAGGGAGACUCUGGGAUCGCCACGGCCAAGUCUGUGGGCCGCUCUGUGGUGGCCUACUCCUUCUCCUCCACGUCUACCAAGACAGAGAUCACCAUUGAACCCAUCCACUCUCUGACCGUGGACUAUGCCGUCACUUUUCUCUCGAAUGCCGCUGGAAAGAACAGGAACUCAUUUUUCCCCGUAACGUUUGGCGGCAAGUCAAACGUACAUGGCAAAAACUGCAGCUCUGUGAUCAGCAAGUCCAAGUUCAGCCCGUCUUUCAUCCCGUUCAGCUGCCACCUGGAGCUGACGCAGGGCACCUUGGACUUCCUCAUCUCGGAUCUCUUCUCCGUCAAGUCACUCUUUGAUACCGAGAAAGGCCUUCACGGGUGUCAGGUCAGUCUGAGACCCUCGGAGGAGGCGUCAGAGACGCUGGCGGUCCUGGACUCGAACGUCCUGCUCCGGGCGCGGGUGGCUUCCUCUUACUCCCAGCCGGAGGUCUCCUCAGAUCCCCUCAGUCUGGAGUUCCUGCCCGCUUUCUACGUCCACAACUACGAGCUCCACCUGACCACCGUGUCGCCUCAAGUGUCUGUGCGCGUGUCCGCGUCGCCGAAAGUGAUCUCCGACAUUCAGGUGUCCGUCAGCGACUCGACCCUGGUGCAAGCGCUGGCCCCCGAGCGCGACUCAACGUUGCCAUCAGUGAUCUCAUUCCCGAUCCGCCUCCUGGACUCGCUGACCCUGUGGGAGCGGGAGCAGCUGGACCUGUGGGUGGAAGUCAGCCACGCCCGCAGCGGCCACAAGGUCAAGCUGCCCGUCUUUGUCAAGCUCAUCGGACAAAAGCCCGCCAUCCCGAACUUGCACGCGUACCGUCAAGAGCUGAGCUGGUCGCGCCUCCUGAGCUCCACGGUCACCAACUACCAGUCCUGGUUCGUCAUCUGCUUCAUCGUGCUGCUCACAGCCGCUGCCGUCCUCAUAGGUUAUCAUGCCAUUGUUGGACAGCGCAUGAAAGGGCUGGGUAACCAAAGUGGCAAUCCAAACGUGUUCUUGAACCAGAGUGGCAGCAGCCAGCAGCCGUCCCCAUCUACAUCUUUUAUUCAGCAGUCGACGCCGAUAGGGAGCCCUUCCUACACUGGCCGACCUUCACCGACCUCGCCCAAAUUAUGGUCGUUGUCGUACAACCAGCAAGACUCCAUGUCGCCGUACAAGAGGAAAACCUACUCGUACUCACCAAAUUCUUGAUUUGAGGACACAUGCAUUUGUUCGUAUCCCCUCCCCUCCCCCCCCUCCCAUGUUGAUUCUCACUUGAGUAUGCUUUUCUUAACCCUAUCCGUACACCCUGGGGUCGUGUUGUACUCCCAGGGUUGUAUUCU